AUGGCAUAUUUCCUCAAGCAUCUCACUGAGGAGACAAUGGCACUCAAGAAACUGCUGAUUCCACCGGAGUUUAUUCGUAACUGUGGGAGGGUAAAUCUGACCAACCCGGUAGUUCUGGAACCAACUGUUGGAGAUCCACCAGAGGUGGAGUUGGAGCUCUACGAGGAUGCCAGGGGUUUUUGGCUGAGAAAUGGCUGGCAGGAGUUUGCAGAUCGAUAUUCUCUCAAUCAUGGCAACUAUCUGCUGCUCGAGUACAAAAGCUUCUCCAGGUUCAAGCUUGUGAUGUUUGGUGCAAAUGGGGUGGACGUGAUGUGUCCAGCUUCUAGCUUCCACAAUGUGGGUUCGAAUCGAAAUAACCAGGAGUUUCCAGAUGCUGAGCGGGAAGAAGAGAUCAGGGGCUCACCUGUGGCUGGAGGUGGUGGGAGGCAGCCAGCCCGGCCUCGGUCUGCAGAGAAUGCCAAGCAGAAAACUUUCAUGGCUACUAGGAAGGGGAGAACUGCUGAUGGUGGACGGAGGGGUAAGAGGAGCUAGUUUGGUAGGGAUAAGGCUGAGACCUCACACAUUCCAGCCAUGGCUGAACAUGCUGAAGGAAUGCCAAAGCCAGGGAGGGGGAAUACCUCCACAAGCUCGGUCAGUCCAAGCUUCUUCAUUACCAUAAAUCCAAAUCACAUGAAGAAUCAUCUAGUGUAUCUGCCGACUGAUUUCGUGUUCAAACACAUGAAGCUUGAGAAUAGCAAUGUGAUGGUUUAUAGUGAUGAUGGGACGGGCGCAUGGCACUUGUCCUUUGUCUUCAAACAACGAAGUAAAAGCGAACGUGGACGUGGACGAGGCAUAUUCUGUGGCGGUUGGUCAGCGUUCUGCGAGGACAACUCUCUGAAAUCAGGGGAUAUCUGCCGAUUCAAGCUCAUCUCCCGUGAUGAGAUGGAAGUGACGAUUGAGAGGAAUUGAGUUAGCUUUUCGAACCUCUAGAAUGAAAGCUUUGGUUGUGUUAUGUGUCACCCUUUUUGAGUUCCUGAAAUUUCAAUGAUGUUGUUUCUGGAUAGAACUCUGCAGUACACUCUGCAUCUAUAUUUCCCCCAGAAUGUGUUGUGAUCGUUUCGUAUUCAUAGCUCUUGAAAAUUUCGAAAUCGGAAAUGCAAACACAUCGAUCGAAGUAGC